CAAGGACUCUGACAACACCAUGGCUUCUGCAUUGAAGCGCAAGAGAGGUCCCGUGGAGGUUUUGGAUACUCCAAAACGAUCUAAAUCUGUGAAAAACCAGUCCGGGAACCCUUUACGACCAGUCAGCGAUAAGGCAGGCUGGGAAGCUGCCUUCAAUCCGCCCCAGGAAUUGGUAGCACCCACAAAUGGGGUCAAUGGCAAUCAUUCGCACGGAACUCCGGAAUCGCCAGAAGCUGUGGACUAUGAAGCUUAUGUGCAAGAUGAAAAAUACAAAGACGCCAUACAUCAGCGGGAGAAGCUAUCCCAAAACGUCCUUUAUGACAACAGCAACAAAACAUCCGUGUAUUCCGAGCCCAAGAAGACGAAUGACUUGUGGAAACUAUCCGAGCCGAUUGGAGGUCGAAUGAUAAACGCCGAUCCAGUUUUCACAGCCGAUGAGAAAUUUCUCAUUGUUGCUAAUCGGAGAACUAUUAACGUCUACUCAACCUUGAAUUCCCUUCUUACUCGGUCCGUAAAGCCUAUUCUCAAGGAUGACGCUCCUCGCACCACUCGAAUCGUAACAUAUUGCUUGUCCCCGACUCACCCGAAUAUCAUAUGGGUAGCUUUCUCAGAUGGAUCUGUUUUCAGGAUCGACUGGACGACAGGUAGAGGUGGAAACGACCACUGGACGAUAUCUUCGACCGGUUGCAUCCAUAUGACUGUGGCUUCCAUGGAGUCUUCUGGACGAAGACGAGAUGUAGUUUUCACAACCGAGACCAAGAAGGAUGGCGGCUUUCGGAUCACAGCGCAUGGAAUGUCCCAAGAAACUCCGAGUGACACCCCUACGAGAACCAUAUACACAACACCGAACCGGAUACAGUUCUUGAAAACAGCAAAGGAGGGUUCAGUCAUUGUUGCCGCUUCUGGCAACAGAGUUCUCCUCGGUCGUCUCCGCUCAACUGAGUACAACACUGUUGAAAAUAUCAGAUAUGAAUUCCGCAUUUUCGAGUCCACAGAAGUUAUCAAGUCUUUGGAUGUUCGAGUCUCCGAAAGGAAAGAAACUGAUGGCCUGAAGAAAAGUUUGAAAAAGUCGCCAGUUGUGGACGUCGUGGUUGGAAAUAUUCGAGGUGUCUUAUUUGUGCAUAACGAUCUUCUCGCAAAGUUAUUUUCGCAGCAGGCGGACGGGAAGCUCCCACCAGGAAUCAGCAUGGUACCACGCAAGUUGCAUUGGCAUCGACAAGUAGUACAUACCGUCAAGUGGUCACUAGAUGGCAAUUAUAUCAUUUCUGGUGGCACCGAGACGGUGCUUGUACUUUGGCAACUCGACACCGGAAAACAGCAAUUUCUCCCUCACAUGUCUGCAACUAUUCAGAAUGUAGUUGUUGCACCAUCCGGAACUUCAUAUGCAAUCCAGCUUGCGGAUAACUCGGCCAUGAUCUUGUCCACCGCGGAGCUGGAGCCCACAGCAAACAUUGCUGGUAUUCAGGCUUCAGUCCUUGAGUCUGAAGAGCCGCUGGAAGCGCAAGUUGAGAAAGUUGAGGAGCUCUCCUGGCGACCACCUCUUGUGCAGAGUACUCCGGCCAUCAUAAAUCCUGCGAAUCCCUCCAAGCUUCUUCUUGGUGUAGGACAAACGCAGGAGAUCAGUGCUACCAAACCUCAGGUCAUGAGUAAUCCGUUUCUGCAAACAUUCGACCUCGGAUCAGCGCAUAAUUUGUCCAGACAAGCUUUGACCAGGACCAACAUAACAAAUGUCAAUGCAGCCCCUAGCACACAUCCCUUGUCAGAACCCAGAGUUACACAUAUGAAGAUCUCUCAUGAUGGAAAGUGGCUUGCAACAGUGGACGAAUGGACGCCUCCAGCGAGAGAAUAUGACUUCUUAAAGCACAGGGGCAAAGACCUCUCCGUUGAGGUGCAGCAAAGACGAGAGGUGUUCCUCAAAUUUUGGCAGUGGAGCAAGGAGUCGGAGUUGUGGGAGCUCGUAUCGCGUAUUGAUUCACCUCAUUCGCUCGGCCCAGAUUCAGGCGAUGCCGGGAGGAUUUUUGCCCUUGCCGCCGACCCUAGCUCCUCACGCUUUUCAACAAUAGGAGAGGACAGUAUAGUUAGAACUUGGGGGACAAAGACACGAAAACGAGACGGAGUCGUUGUUCGUGCGAAAGACGGUAAUGCUUUCAGAAAUUGGCAUUGCCAGCAUGCCAUUUGUCUUGGCAAGCCGGAACUUUUGGAGGGAUCAGGGCAUUCCGAAAAGUAUCCUACAAGUGGAUCGGUUACCUUUUCUGAGGAUGGGUCAGUAUUGGCCGCAGCAUGCGAUAGUGAUGAUGGCCUUUUGCAUAUUGUGGACCCGGAUUCUGGAAUUAUUCGACUCUCCCAUACUGGAUUGUUCGAAGGCACCAUUAUUGGCAUGGAGUUCUUGGAUCAGGAUCUGAUCGUACUUUCCAACAAGUUGUUCGUCUUUGACGUUGUCUCUGAAACUUUCAGAUUCGCCAUCAAGCUAGCAUCUAGUCCUGCAUCUUUGACUCCCAGACAAAAGCAGGAAAUGAUGCACUUGGCUGUUGAUCGUCGAAGUCGGACCUUCGCAGUUGCACUUCCAACCUUCAGCGUUCAGUCGGGCAAGCCAUCCCUUUGGUCAGCGAGCUGCGAAUUGACCGUAUUCCACCAAGAUAGUCGCGAGCCUCAACUCACCGAAGAAUUCCCUACUAUCAUCACGGCUCUACUUCCCGCUGUCAGCUCCGAAGGCUAUAUCGUCCUCGACACCGCGGCCGAGAUCCGUACUGUAAUGAAGAAGGGCAGUCAAGCAGUCACUGCUCUUGCACAAUCCACCUCAGCACUUGAGCUCGACACUGUGCCGGAAGAGCCGACUAGCGAAAUGCUACAAGAGGAAGAUGUCGAAGGAGUUGAUGAUUAUCUCCUAACUCCCGCAGCAACACAAGACGGGGAGGGCGACGACGAUAAUGAGCACCCUGUCGUCACUCAACAACAGUUGUCAGAAAUCUUCGAUAUUGGACCAUCAUUUGCCUUGCCACCGAUGGAGGAAAUGUUCUACCAGGUUGCUGGCCUAUUUUCAAGCAAACCGCUUGCUCAGAGUGUAUCAUGAUUUCAGUUUCACAGUGUAUGACUUGCAUAGCGGUCGGGUUUCUCAGCAUUUCAGCGAUAGGGAGCUUUGUACAGGGUGUACAAAGCCAAAAGUAGGGAUUGAAUUACAUGACAUUGUCAACAGCUUCAAUGUUAAGUGAGACCCCUUCAAUUUCUUGGCAAGUGAUCUCGUAUCCAAUUUCCAGAAGAAAGAAUACAAGCAGGAGCAUUA